GUUUAUUUGGGGCACAGCUUGUGCUGACAUGAACACGUGUUGAGUGUAUUAUGCAAGGUAGUCGAGUGUAUGUAGGACGUAUAUUGUUUAUUACACUCUAUGUACAUUGAUGAUACUUUUGCUUAUGUUGCGAAAAUAUAGAUACCUUUAAGUAUAUUUAGUUGUAUUUACCUAUGUAAUACUGAUUGCCUGUUUUAAUAAGGGACACCAAAUUCAUGAUGGUAUCUUUUUCGAUAGCAGAAAAAUAAAUUCGUAUGUUUGGAACACCUUUGUUGUCAUUGAUAUUGUACUCCAGAAGAAAUAGUAGAUUAUUUUGUUCGUGGAUCUGUCCUAGCUGUUUCUCUUAAAGUAAAUCAUUGAUACUAUCAUCGUAUCACUGCUCAGUUCCGCUGUAGUUUGAGUUCAAUGUUUAACGCAAGAACACCUCCACAAUGUGGCUCAUGAAUGAGACGUAUGAGAUGAACACCUCCUCAAGACCUUCUGUACCCAACUUUACGUUAUUGAGUAGGAAUAGCAAUGAAAGCGAGAACACUAGGAGUGACGUGCUUCGAAGAUUGACGAUUACCUCAGUCCUGCUUGUAUUCGGCGUCUUGGGGAAUACUUCGAUUAUUCUUGUUUUAAGACGAUUGAAAAGCGCAACAUCGAUACUAACAAUCUACAUGGCUGUAUUCGAUACUCUCUCCUUGAUGAGCAAAGUCUUGACCGACGUCUUGGACUAUUAUAAUACAGAUAACUUUGGAUAUUUGUAUUGCGUUACAAUGACCAUUCCUAUAGUUGCCUUUGUAGCUCUAGCCAACUGGACUUUAGUUGUGAUAUGCAUAGAACGUUUUCUGUCCAUUUUUUUCCCUUUUCAUUAUAAAUCUUUUGUUUCGACAGAAAGAUUGCACGUUACUAUGGCAACAAUGGCAUGUAUUUUUACUUCAUACGCCGUUCUUUUCAAUGCAAUGACAAGAACCUAUGAUGAGGAUUCAAACAAAUGUAUUCUAAUUAAUAUAUCAGGAAUCAUGUUUUAUAUCAUAAUGAACACUGUUGCUUGUGUUGGACCAUGUUUAUUUUCUACAGUUAUUACGAUUUUAGUCAUUGUAAAAGUACACAUUUUCCAAGAGAAUUUUAAAAAUGUUAACAAAUCUAAAAUUCGUCAGAGAUUGGAAGGCUCAUUAAGUCGAAUAAUGCUUUGUUCUUCGAUUUUGUUUAAUAUUUUAAACUUGCCAGAAACAUUUUAUUUUAGCUUUUUUUGGCAGACGUAUAGAGCUAAUCAUGUGGUAGAGUCGUUUCUGGUAUUUCUUAGAGAUCUGUCUCAUGUUAUGAAUUUUCUUGUCUAUUUAAUAUUUGUGCAACGGAUUAGAGAAUCAUUCAGAGAAAUAUUUCAUAGAAGAUCAAGGGACGUUUGGAGCGAAAUUUGAAUCUUUUCUGGUAAUUUUAUACCAGUGAUAACAGUGGCGUAGCUAGGAAUUUGCCAUCAUUUUGUAUCGGAGGGGGGGGGGGCUUGACCUCUUUGUGGGCCCCUGUAUUUUGCGUAGUAUUUAAUAUUUAAUGUAAAAUACACACUCAUCAUUUGGGUUUCCAAAUUCUCCGCCUUCCUACCUCCACCUUAGCUACGCCUCUGAGUGAUAAUGACACUUAAUUGUUUUUUUGCAACAAAAUGUAAAACAAAUUUACAAAAGCUCAAAUUGUUUAAAACUAGUGUAUGCACAUACUGUACAUAAAAACGUGAUUGUUUCAAAAAUUUCAAUUGUACAUGAAAUAUUAAAGACUAACAAAGG